GAAUUAAAAUAAAACGUUUACCCAUAAACUAUUGUUAAAAACGGUUCAUACGGUGCUGUGUGACUAACAACACGGUUAAAACUAGUCGGGUUUUGUCGUUACAGCUCCAAUUUUUCUUUGUUUCUUCUGUUGUUUGUGUUUAACAGCGACGCUGUGUGCUAGCUAGUCGGCUGUGUUCGAACAGAAAUGAGAGAGAGAUAGAGAGAGCUCUUCUCUUGUCUUUCUCCCACCAGCUUCCGUUUCUCCGCGUCCGUUAGGAUCCGACUUUUGGGAGCCUUAAUGCCCGCGGAGGAUGAGUCCAGCCAUCGAAGGGAUGGAGCCAGAUCAGCCGGUGGCUUUGGGGAAGGGGGUUCUCCUUGAGCCCUUCGUGCACCAGGUGGGCGGCCAUUCCUGUGUGCUUCGCUUCGGGGAGCAGACUAUCUGCAAGCCGCUUAUCCCGCGGGAGCACCAGUUCUACAAGAGCCUGCCACCCGCCAUGCGCAAGUUCACCCCCCAGUACCGAGGGGUGGUGUCAGUGAGCUUCGAGGAGGACGAGGAAGGCAAUCUGUGCCUAAUAGCCUACCCUCUGCACAGCGAUUUGGGUGAUCUGGAGAACAUGGACCCCUCCUCUGAUCUGGAACCCAAGAACAAGAUGAAGUGGUCUAAUAAGAUGCUUAUGGACAAUGAAGGCUACAGCAAGGACAGGUCCAGACAUACUCGCAAGGACAAAGACAAGGGUCUUAAGCGGGAAGAGGAGUUGGAGUGGUUCCAGCAGGCUGAAGUGUUCUACUAUAGACUAGAGAGGAGCAACGCAGCUGCACCACAGCUUAAGCACAACCCUUGGAGCCUCAAGUGCCACCAACAGCACCUGCAAAGAAUGAAGGAAAACGCCAAGCAUCGCAACCAGUACAAGUUUAUUCUGCUGGAGAACCUGACAUGGCGUCACAGGAUGCCGUGUGUUUUGGACCUGAAGAUGGGCACACGGCAGCACGGCGAUGACGCGUCAGAGGAAAAGAAAGCAAUGCAGAUACGAAAAUGUCAGCAAAGCACAUCAGCCAGCAUCGGAGUCCGUCUCUGUGGCAUGCAGGUCUACCAGUCUGACUCAGGACAGCUUAUGUUCAUGAACAAGUACCACGGGCGCAAACUGACUCUGGUCGGCUUCAAAGAGGCUUUGUUCCAGUUCUUCCAUGAUGGGCGGAGACUAAGACGCGAGCUUCUCUCCCCCGUACUGCGGCGCCUCCGUGACAUGCAGGCCGUGCUGGAGGCGUGCGAGAGUUACCGCUUCUACUCCAGCUCGCUUCUUAUUAUCUACGAUGGAGAACCUCCGUGCUCACGCCGUUCCCCCGAGGACCGCCUCUCUGACGAAGAGGGAGAAGAGGAAGAGGAGGAGGACGACGACGAACAGCAGCAAGGGGCAUUCGGUUUUCCUCAUGGUGCUGCGGGUGCGAGCGGGAGCGGCAGCAGUGCUGCUAGCGGUGGUGCUAACUGUAGCAGUGGGAACUCGCCCGUGGUGGAUGUGCGUAUGAUCGAUUUUGCCCACACCACUUGCCGCCACUACGGCGAGGACAGCGUGGUGCACGAGGGCCAGGACACUGGGUACAUCUUCGGCCUGCAGAACCUUAUCACUAUCAUUUCACAGCUAGAGGAGCACAGCGCCGAUUAGACCUGGCCUUUUGAUUUCAGUCUACCAAUAAAACUGUCUGACUCCUUCAAA